UUUCCAGAAAAAUUUUGCAAAAUAUGUUCAGUCUGAAAUAUUUAAUAUACUAUUAUCGAUUCAAUAGGUACCACAUAGAAUAAUCUCCAGAAGGAUUUUGGACUUUGCGAAACUUAGAAGGUAAGAAAUAGUGUCAUUCAAUUUUAUAAGAAAGUUUCGUUAAUUGAAUCAUUCAGAAGUGGAUGUGAAUCAUCCUGCAGUAGGUAAACCAAAAUUUGUUACUGAAACCACUAAUUUUCCACGUGAAACGUUUCUCUUUUUGGUUCAUAUAUAUUUGCGAGACAUAGAUACACCCAACACCAGAAAUGACCUACGUAUGAGAGGUUAAUCUGAAACGUUUCUAUGAAAAUGUUUCUGAAAUAAAAACACAAACGUUCCAAAUUGAAAAUUACGGUCCCUCAUUCUAGCUUAAAGCUUCCUUAAGUGUCAUUUUUAGUAGGACAAAAGAUUGUCACGAAUUAAUAACACAUUACAAAUUGACUUAUUUCAGCUUCGAGCCGAAUCAUGAAGAGAAGGAAGAGAGGAGCAAGCAAAUUAAGUAAGCAAACGAAGAAGGGAAAGAAAGUUUUCGUUCAAGGUGAACAUCAUCCACUAUUGAAUCCUAGUGACUUUUGUUUAGGGUUUAUGAAUAGUGUGAUGGAAAUAAAACGGAAAAAUUUCUCAAGAAUUAUUUGCAUGGAUGGAACACACUCUACCAAUCAGAAGAGAAUGGAUCUGACUAAAAUGCUCGUAAAAGAUGACAGGAAUAUGGGUUUUCCAGUGGCCUUUUUUCCCAGUAAUAGAUUGGAUCAGAUCACUCAAGAAGUUUCCAUGCAAGCAUUGCGUGAGAAAGUUGUGGAUGUAAUACAGCCAGAAUAUUUCUUGAGAGAUGAUGACCCAAAAUACUAUAACGCUUGGGUAAAAGUCAUGGGAAAUAGACCAAGAAGGCUCUUGUGCAUCAGGCAUGUCUAGGUGAUCCAAGGUAGAUCGAAAGUACUUAUUUAUUGCUGAAUAAAAUGAAAUUAUAA